UGCUGCAGAGAGUCUGGGAGCUCUGAAGUCUUGGAGUCCUGUACUCUGAGUAACAGCAGCUCGGGAGCUCAUCCAUCUCAGCAAUCCUGCAGGAAAAGAGGCUCCUCUCUCUGGGAGCAUGGCACUGCUGGGCUGGGGCUGCAUCAUCUGCUUUCUAGCUGCUGCAGGUACAAUAGCAAAAGCCGCUCAGGCGAUGGUGUGGAGCACAGUGAUGCACGGGAUUCUGGGCCGGUCAGUCCUCCUGUCCGUCUCACUCAACUCAACUCAGCUACAGUCAAUGAAAUGGUCAGUGAAGAAGGAGGACUCCAAAACAGUAAGGAUUUUAACAGCUGUAAAUAAAACCCAGCCACAAAUAACACCCCCGUUCCUUCAACGUGUGGAGCUCCUGAAGAAUGGCUCGAUGCUCCUGAGAAACGUGACCGGCUCAGAUCAAGGGGUUUAUACUGUGACAGUAACAGACUGGGAUGGGACAGAAGAAACGGAGACCAUCACCCUGACAGUGAGCGCCCCCCUCUCAGAGCCCUUCAUUUCAGUUUCUAUACACAACACCUCGCACUCUGUGCUGCUGAACCUGAGCUGUGAGGUCACAGAGGGAACGCAGCCCUCCUAUUGGUGGCUGAAGGAUGGCAAGCCCCUCCCCCAGGACGGCAGGCACUUUGUGUCGGAGCAGAACUCGUCUCUGGAGGUGAGGAACGUGACGGAGCGAGACUGCGUCACCUACACCUGCGUGAGCCGGAACAGGCUGGGUAGCAGGGAGGCACAGCGGGGCAUCACAGCUAAAGACACCACUGCCUGUCUCCCUGCAUGGUCACUCUCUCAGGCUCAAGUUCUGUCAGUAGCAGCUGCAGUGCUGUGUGUGGCAGGGCUGUGCAUCAUCCUCUACUGCACCAAGAAGCAUUAUCAGGAAAUCUGGCAUUGGAUCGGAGGGGUGCAAGAGGAAAGGGAGCCGGAGGAGACAAACAGACGAGGUAUCAGAAUCAGAAGAGAUUAUCAGCUCGAUACACUAGAGGAAAACCUGUACAAUGAGGAGGGAGGUGCCCAGGAUGGUGUUGUGGACAGUGUAGGGGCAAUGGUCCCAUACACUUACAUGGAUUUCCUUCCAGCUGGGAUCUGCAGAGACCAGACGGCAGAGGAAAGCAUGUACUCCACCAUCGAAGACACUGCAUCACAGGCAGAGGGCUCCCUCACACACACACACACACGGAGCAAUCACACAGUAACAGUGGAAGCUGUUCGUCGAGGACAUUCUAAAGAGGUUCAGUUCUAUUAGCAAGUCUUUAUGGGCUCCCCGGAGUGGCACAGCCGGGUGGUGAGUCGUACAGUCAGGGGAGCGCAGGUUCCUGGCUGUUCGAAGUCGACAGUCUUCACUGGGUAUUUUGCAGGGAGUGUCGCUUUGGGUCUGGUGCUCCUGUGGGUUAGGGAGACAAAACCGGAAGGGACUGUUUCUCCUCAUCGCUCUACAGCGCACCCUGUUGGCCAGGAGCCCAGUGAGCUCAGGCAGACACCUGCAUGUUGGGGAUCGGAGGACACCCACCGAACCUUCACUUCUCCUCAGCUGUGUGGGGGGAUUGCUGUGACAAGGGGAAAAAUAACAAGACAUUCAAAACUGGGGAGAAAAUCAAUCAUGGAUGAAUUUAUUGGUCACACUAAAUCAAAUUUAAAAAGUCUUUAUGCCGUGA